AGUACAAAUAUGCAUGAGAAUGGUAAUCCAUGUGGAUCGUCCAAUUUUUGACCCCUCGUCAUUUUUUUUUUCUCGUCCAUGAUCCCAUCACAACCACAUUCUUUUUUAUAUUAUUAUUUUCUUUUGCUUCUCUCUUUUUCUUGUUUUGACCCGGCGGAAGCACAUGCCUUCCAUCAAGAGGGUGGCCGUCAUCGGCGCCGGUCCAUCCGGCGCAAUAACGCUCGAUGCGCUAGCCAAAGAGCAGGCGUUUGAUGUCAUUCGAGUGUUUGAGCGCAGAGAAGGCCCUGGAGGAUGCUGGAUCGGGGACUCGGCGGAACCUCCGCACCUGUCUGGUUUUAAGCGCCUUGCGGACCGGACGGCAGACCUCCCGGUUCCGAUCCCGGAGCAGAUCCCAGCACACGGCGUCGCGGCCCUCACGCAGCCGCGCUUCGCCGACUCGUCCAUCUACCCGUACCUGGAGACCAACGUGCAGGACCUGUCCAUGCAGUUCUCGCAGGAGCCGAUCCCGGCCGACAGGAGCGAGCUGUCCGUCUCGCUGUAUGGCCCUUCCACGCCGUUUCGUCACUGGGAGGUGCUGAAGCGGUACGUCAGCAAUGUCAUCCAUGCCACGCCUGGGCACAGCGAGGUUGUGUCCUACGACACGACCGUCGAGCUGGUCGAGAAGGUCGGCGACGAGUGGCGGGUGGUCCUGCGCAAGGCGGACGGGCGCGGGGGCGAUCACUGGUGGGACGAGAGGUUCGAUGCCGUGGUCGUUGCGAAUGGCCACUACAACGUGCCGUACGUCCCCGAGGUCGAGGGGUUGGAGGAGAUGCAGCGGGCUAUGCCGGGGAGUAUUUUGCACAGCAAAUAUUUCCGGGGUAGGGAUCAGUUCAGAGACAAGCGAGUUGUGGUGGUGGGCGCAUCUGUGUCAGCCGCUGACAUUGCGUUUGACAUUGUCAAAGUUGCAAAAUCCCCCGUGCACGCAGUCUUUCUGGGGCACACCGCCAACCCAUACUUUGGCGACGAGGCUUUCCGCCACCCAAACGUAAAGAUGCAGCCUUCGAUAGCUAGAGUCGAAGUUCCACCCGGUGGCCAAGGGGCCACUGUAUACUUUGUCGACGGCACGUCGGCAAGCGGAGUCGAUUAUUUGAUAUUUGGCACGGGAUACAGCUGGACCCUGCCGUUCCUCCCGCAAAUCCAACCGAAAAAGAACCGCGUGCCGGGCUUGUAUCACCACGUUGUUUGGCAGCAGGACCCGACAUUGCUGUUCGUCGGGGCGGUCGGAGCGGGCUUGACAUUCAAGAUAUUCGAGUGGCAGGCCGUCCUGGCGGCUCGGAUCCUAGCCGGCAGGACCUCGAGGCCGCUGCCGUCUCUUGACGAGAUGCAGAGGUGGGAAGUCAAUCGCAUCGCAGAAACUGGCGAUGGGCCCAAGUUCACCGUCAUCCACCCGUACUUUGAAGAGUAUUUUGAGACUCUGAGAGAGCUGGCCGGAGACGGUGAGCCCGGGCUGGGUAGGAAGCUGCCAAAAUUCGACCAGAAGUGGCUCGAUGCAUUCAUGGAUGGGCAUGAACUGAGGAAAGGAAUGUGGAAGCGGAUUAAUGACCAGGCUAGAGACGAAAUCAGACCGAUACCGCGUCUGUAAGAGAUAAAGAAAUUGCCAUUGACCGCAAAUAUUCCAUCAUUUGUCACAUGUGUGUGGUGUGCUCUCUAUAUUGACCUUGGUGCUUGA